UUAUUUUUGUUGAAUUUUUCUCUUUUUAUUCAAAUCAAGAUUUUGUUGGGGUGGAUUUGUCCUUUAAUAUUCAGUGGAUCCGCCGCUUUCCUCAUGUAAUAAUGAAUGUAUGCAAAUCAGGGGGCCUGUUUCAUAAAGAGUUACAUUGCACCAACCUUGAUAACAUGCCUCAUCAGCCAAUCACAAUCAAGGAUUCUAUGGUGGUUACAACAAUAAUCACAAAGUUACCAUAACUGUAAUUCCUUUUGAAAAUGACUACGAGCCAUCCAAAAUAUACAGGUUUGUUCGCUCCAUUUUAUUCUUCCAUGAACUCUAGAAAUCUAGCGCUCAAACUUGCUUGCAAAAAAUACAUUAUUCCGAUUUUCUUAGAAUAUAGGUGCACAUGAAUUGUGGUUUUUAAUGGAAGUUAGAUUUAUUAAGAUUGGAAUAUUAGAAUUAAAAAACAUAGUAGCAACUCAUCCAUAGCAUGCAAAAAGAUGAAAUAGCUCGCGAAGGUGUUAAAUGAGUAAUCAGUGUCUGCUUGACUGCAAGAAAAUAAUGAUACACGCUUCUUUCUGAAAAGCGGAAAAGAUUUGAUGUAAAGAGAUUCAUACUUUAGAGUGCCGUAUAGACCUAUAUAAAGCGGCUGACGAUCCGACAUAGAUCUAACUAAGAGGAGCUUUAUCACCGAAUGCCUCCAAAGGGUUGCAUAUCUCCGAGCAGUUUUCAAAAUAAUCUCAAGUGCAACAUUCGUGUCCAUUAUCGUUUCUAAUCAUGCUGGCCUUGCGAUACAUCCUUGGUGCGUUGAUUCGUGCAGUCAUCAUGGCUAUAGGACUCCCAGGCAAUGCUCUUAUCAUCAUCGUGUACUCGAAGAAGCAGCGGAAGUCUGGAACGGAUGCUUUCAUCUUGGGGCUCGCUAUCACUGAUUUUGUCGCCUGCCUGACUUUCCCGCUCAAAAUCUACUCUUAUGUGACGACGCAAUUCACUAACGACUUCCUGUGUAAGACGAUGUACUUUACGCAGUAUUGGACUCAGUUCGUUGGGGUUUUCCUGACAGGAAUCAUCACCAUUGAUCGGUACAUCGCGGUGUGUAAACCAUUGAAGAAGAGACUGUCACCGAAGCAAGCUACCAUCAUUGUGUCGCUUCUAUGUGCCCUAGCUAUGGUCUUCGCAAUACCAACGUUGGUGUGGACAGGAGUCCAGAAAUUUGGUGUCUUCGCUUCGAGGUGUACCUACGGUAUGUCUAACACGAGAAUAUCUCCCCUUGCAUUCACCUGGGUUUUGCAUGACAUCAAUGAUGCCCUCUUCUAUGGAACCCUGGUGAUGAUCAUCUUCAUGUAUAGUAGGAUCUGGUUGACAGUUUACCGCAGGACCAGGGCAAAGAUUGGAUGCGUAAUUCCCGCGAGCAUAACUACCGUUUCCGGUCAGGUAGCUAAAUCAGAGCCAACCGCAGAGACAUCUACUGCAUCUAAACCUGACACAACUGACAAUGUAAACCUUAGUGACUGCAAAACAGAAAACACAGGAACGACAGCAAACGGUGUCACCACCAUCGUCAGUGGUUCGAACAACGGAGAUUCCUCUGGAGCAAAUGGAUCGGGUGAAGGGAGCUCUUCUGAAAAGAUACCACUAAAACCCUUCCCAAAGCCAAAAGCCAAAAGUAAGCCCGGCAAGACACAUAUGCAAGCAAGGGCAAGCAACAAGACCACCAAGAUGAUCUUCAUCAUCACCAUAAUAUUCUUUUUGAGCUGGGUACCAGCCAAGCUAUGGGUUAUCAUGUUAAGGUCCAAACUCAUGACAAACUUACGGUCAAACCAAGUUCUGUACAACAUCUUCUAUCUUUCAACGUUCAUGGUCAACAUCAAUCAGGCCGUCAAUCCAUUCGUUUACAGUUUCUGUAAUGAAAACUUUCGAAAGGAAUGUGUGACGGCGAUGAGGCACUUCAGACAGUGCCGACUGUCAUAAAUAAAAUGCAAUCAGUGAAGACUAUUGAUUGCAAGUCUUAUCGUGUGUAGCAAGGAACUUAUUCAGUUCCGUAUCCAGAAUCAAGUCCCCGAAGUCAAAUCCCUUGGGUUAAACGCAUAUAUGUAGUUGAUUCGCGUUCAAUUGAAACGAAUCCAGGAUUUGUACAUCAAUUUCUUGCAGCAUCCCAUUAGAGAAUCUGCAAUUCUUAAAUCAAUGUUACCGAAGUUUUCAGUGUUGUUAGUAUAUGCCUAUUGUAUCUAGAUUCUUUAUUCGGAGAAUUCUUUCGCGUAUUGCCCAUGGGGUCUUGGAUGUAAAAUAUGUGAUUGUUACGCUGUUAGAUAUGACAAUGUACCCACCUGUGAUGUCGUCACGAUCUCGUCAUUAGCCGAGAGUCAUGACUUAGAAUGGUCAAUUGACUUGAGAACUGUUUCUUGGAUCUUUGGAAAGACCAUCUGAACUGCCAGUGGGUGAGCUCAAAGCUGUAGGUCUUCCCCAAUGUCUUAAAAAUUCGAUUUAUUGAUAUACAAUUAAAUAAUGUAAAGCGCCUUUUGAGACGUCGACCAGGGUCCGUCUCACAAUGAGUUGUAAUUGAUCUGAUCAAUCACAACUAUCGACUAUGGAAAUCCACCAAUAUCAUGAUUUUCUGUAAAUGGCUUCGAGAGGUCGACCAGGGACCGUCUUACAAAGAGUUGUAAUUGAUCUGAACAAUCACAACUAUCAACUAUGGAAAUCCAACAAUAUCAUAAUUCUCCAUACAUGAUUAGCACAAAAUGUCCAUUGGCAAACUUAUAGAAGCACAAUGAUUUGUCAAGAAAAUGAUGUGCGUAUGAAUAUAUGGCUAUAUAGACGCUGGGCGAUGCUGGCUUUCCAAAGUUGUGAUAUGUUAAAUCAAUCUCAUCACUAGAAAUCCUCCAAUUUCUUAAUUUCCCUACCGAAAAUGUACUCAAGGUCGCUUUGGAUAUAAAAAAAAAGGAAGCACAAAGACUAGCAGUUCGCACGAACAUCAUAAUUAGAUAUGAACUGAUUAUGCAUUAUACACUCUAAAUAUGAAAGGGUGUAUUGAGUGUUACAAAAAAAAUAUGGAAAAUCAGAAUAUUACUGUUAUUGUUAUUACGAAUAAUUUCAUAAAAAUAUCCACUGGCAGUAUAACACUUUACUUUAUAUAGGCUACUCUCUAAGUGUCCAUAUGUCCUAGUCAUUUCAAUAACAAAAAAAAAGUUUUUAAGAAAUAGAUGAUCUGUGUUUCUUUUCCCUAAGGUUGUUGUAGAACUUUUAGCGUUGCCAUAAUAAUAGACCCCGUGAUUCUUCAUAAUAUUGAGAAGAACAGGUUGAUCAAUUUUAGCAUUUACAUUUUGCAUCAUGAUUAUCAUGAUUAUCAGCGUGAUGAGUACAAAAAAAAUCGAGGGGCCAGAUCAAAGACGUUAAAAUAUAUUUAUGACGAUGGCGCAAUAAAUAAAGUGCUAAAAGAUGCAAGCAAGCAAAAUUUGUGACAUUUUUUAAACGAAAAUUGAAUUUGGGGGUAGAUUUCGAAGUAAUAUUCAGAAAAUAAUGUAAAACCACACUCUUUCCCUUUCCUUUUCUGUUUUUUUUCUUGGUGGUGGAACUUUUUUUUUUUGGGGGGGGCAUGGCCUUCAAGCGCCCUCAUCUGCACGCCAGUGAUGAUUAUGGUGAUCAGUCGGGAGUUGUUUUUCCGCAAUAUUAUAUUUGAGUAUAUCGAUUUAUAUCUGCGAUUAGAAUAUUGUAUGUUCUACCAAGCAAAAUCGAAAACAAAGUGAUUAGCAAGUAUUGAAAUAUGAAUUAAGAAAUCUACACGGGUUAUUUGGUGAAACGGCAUCCACUACGUCGUGCGAAAUUCAUAUUAGAUCAAAAUUCCCCUAUACGUAACAGUUAUGUAACACAAUCUGAGACCAAACAGCAUUUAUCAAACAUAUACACCUCUUUACAGGGGUGGUGAUCCGGGGGGGGGACACAGUGCCCCAUACACUUUUUGAAGCACUGAAAAAUCAUGCUAACGGCCAAUAAUAUCGUUUUAAGGCACCGCUAUAUGAAAAUAGACCAAGAUAAUGAGUCGUAGUUUCUAACUUUAUUUAAAAGAGCAUUGCGUAGUUGAUGUUAUACCUUGUAAAAAAUAGGUUGCAACAAUGAUUAUUAUACACAUUACAAUAGUAGUCAAUCUAACUUGUAUCAUUUUUAGAACAAAACUCGAUUAAAAUUUGUGAUUAUACACACCAUAGUCAAAUACAAAAGGAAUAGUUGGAAUAUGACACCACCAGCUUGCUCGUUGCAUAUUCAUGAAGACAUGCGUAGAGCUGUUACACUGAACUAUUUAAAAAAAAUGUCACAACUUUGUUAUUCCUUGUCUGAGUUGAUUGAAUUAUUAGAUUCAAAGUUUUGUUUGUCCGAUUUUACUUCGAUGUUUCAGUCUUGAGGUGUCUUCUGUGUACAAGGCAAAUACAGGGACUUUAGACUAAAUAUUCCGAUCAUUUGAAUUAAGUGACUUAUGAUUUGUUUUGUUUUGUAUAAUUUCAAUCAGCAGUUUUCGAUUGUUAGCCAGGUAUUGUGUUUAAACAUCAUCAAUUAGCGUCAUGAAAAUAAAUAUUUAAGCACUUAUACUAUAGGCGCUACAUGUA